AUGCCUUUGGCCGUGCGGUGUUGCCUGUAUAAGUGGCACAUAGGCUAUCCCAGGAGUAGCCACCAACUUAGAAAGGAGAUUCUGGCAUCGUCGCCGCCCUCACCGGAUGGAUCUCCCAGGUACCAUCCCCGACCUGAUCUACGACCGGUCAGGGAGCUGAAAGUACUGGCAGAGAUCAUGGCUCGAUGCGGGAGACUGGCAUCAGGAGGAAUACCCGGACUCGCUGUUGCUGGAGGAGUAUCCAAUGGUAUUCGGGUUCCGAAUCGCUCAGGUCCCAGGCGCCAUCCAUCAGCUCUCAUGAACCCAAUGGUGAUCUAUCCCCAGGGAAGGGAGACGGCAUAUUUUAGGACGCCGUUCUGCGCGUUCAGUCGGACUCCUGGGCACCUACAGAAGCAACGAGACUUUCGUGCUGUCGUCCUGGCAACGCCGGCUCAUGGAGGGCCCGGGUCGACUAAAACGGGUGACAUUUUCGUAGAUAGGGGAGCUGGUCUCGCGGGUUCCUCGCCAGGAACGUUGAGAGCUUUCAAGUCCUUCCCGUUCCGGACUGAGCCUUCCAACCAUAUCGCCGGCCGGAACACUGUGCUUCACGAGAAUUGCCUGGUCCCUGGCAACAUCUCAGCUCUUAAAAAACUCCCCCUCGACGACCAACUGACCGGCAAACGACUCAACGAGCGCAUAUUGGAGCGCAUCGAAGAACGGGAGGAAAACGUGGCAGCAAAGAAGGACCUCGAGGAAGAGUACGGUCCGAUUCCCACCCUCGUACCCAACGACAUGAUGGACCCAGCGCGAGGACGGUACCCACGAGACCCGUACAUUGAAGGCGCGGACGCGGACAUGAUGAAGACGUACGUCGCCACCAGUUCCUGGGGUGCGGGAUGGAUGAGAGGUAACGGUCUGAUCGAGCGGGGGGUCCAGCUCCUCGUCCAUGGGAUCAUCAUUGCCCAGUUCUGGGGCAUCAGGUAG